AGACAGUAAUACCGGCUAGAACCCAACAACCCAACCUCCCUCCCUCCCACGAAGCUCCAGCGCAUUGCCCCAUUACAGCUUGUGUUAGAGAUUUCAGCACCGGGACAGAUCCUACACUGUCUAUGGCAACAUGGCGACAGAGUUUCACAACCUACAGGAGCUGCGGCGAAGCGCCUCGCUGGCCACCAAAGUGUUCAUUCAGAGAGACUACACUGAGGGCACCACCUGCCAGUUCCAGACCAAGUUUCCAGCCGAGCUCGACAGCCGCAUUGAGCGGCAGCUCUUCGAGGAAACAGUGAAGACUCUCAACAACUACUACGCAGAGGCCGAGAAGAUUGGGGGUCAGUCAUACCUAGAGGGCUGUCUGGCCUGUGCCACGGCCUAUAUCAUUUUCCUAUGCAUGGAGACGCGCUACGAGAAGGUGCUGAAGAAAAUCUCCAGGUACAUCCAGGAGCAGAAUGAGAAGAUGUAUGCUCCCCGUGGCCUGCUUAUCACAGAUCCCAUUGAGAGGGGCAUGAGGGUGAUUGAGAUCUCCAUCUUCGAGGACCGUGGCAGCAGUGGCUCCAGCUCCAGCUCCAGUUCCACCUCCAGCAGCAGUGGCCGGUGACUGGAGGAACGGCCCCAGGGGUAUGGGUAUCGGGGUGCUGGGGGGCUCCCCAAGAUCCGCAUGCUGAAACAUGAGAGCACCAGGUUCUGAGGGGAGCAUAGUCACAGCCAGGGGAUCACACUCACACCACUCCUUCUUAGACUAUGUUUCCAUGGGCACACAUCAAUCUCUUUUUUAAUUGUAUUGUGCUGAUAGCUAUCUUCGGACAACAUGGUCAACAGCAGUGUACAUUUCCUCCGCCAGUGUGCCUCAACCCUUCACUGUCUGACAUGUGGAGAGGGUAGUGUUAGUGCCCACCCAAUCCAUUGCUUCUCAGAGGCACUGCCAGUAAUGUGCCACUAAGUGCCAAUUUUGAAGUUGAUUUUUGUCGUCGACCCUUUUCUCUUGGAACAGGGGGAGUUGUUUUACACAAGCCCCAAAACGGCCAUCAGAUUACAAUGGCUUUAGGUCACUAUUGAUCAGGGACUUCAUAUUGACAAGCUGCUAAGCCACUUGCUUUGUGCCUUCAUGCUAGUUUGUGCAUUCCUAUGGAUAAUUGUUUUAGAGAGUUUGCCAUUGCAGAAGCUGUACUAUCGACUGAACAACUGCUUAAGGCCAUAGCUGUAAAAGUAGCAACAAUUGUAAAAAAUAAAAAAGAAGGAUAGAUGUCAAUGAAUGGAUUUCCUUUACAGACACACUUUAUUAAAAGCUUAGGAAACAAUGUUGUUAAUGUGGUUAGGGGCAGGCACAGCUCAAGGCAGUCUUAUGGACCCAUGGAAACAGUCUUAUCUUUAAUUUGUUUCAUUCAAUGUCCUUGAGUUUAAGUGUAUUUAUUUACUAGUUUAUUAAUUUGUUCAUUCGUUAAUCUGUUCCUUUAUUUUUGUAUAUAUGUAUUUAUUUAUUUGUUUAUUUGUUUAUUUAUUUAAAAUUUCAGGAAUAUCGCUAGGGUAGGCCUAUGUGCAUGCUGAUUCAUUAUUAAGGAGACCCUUCCCUCCUUGGCAAAGUGAAGCUUCUUGAAGAAAGUGCACCAGUUCACAGUGGAUCAACAUGUCUUAAACUUCCUUCAGCUUCAGCACACCCCCUCCAUGCUGAGGUACUGUGAAAUGGACCACACCAGGACCAAGACCAGACUGAAACCCUAAGGAUAUGAUCCUUUGUCUAUUUGUCUUUUCCAGUUUAGGACACCUACAAGUUUUCACACUAUAUUUGGAAAUACCCCCCCCCCCCCCCCCC